AAAAGGAAGGGCGCGUUGUCUUCAAUUCAACGCCGAUUAAAACCCUCACAAACAUUCAUCUCCUUCAUCAAACCCUAAAAUACGAAGCUUGUAGAAAUUGCACUUGUUACAAGAGAGAAAGAAAUUGAAGAAGUGUCAUAUUCGAUCAUACCGUGGCUACCAAAAACUCAGAAGAAGGGGAGGCAAACAAUAGCCGUCUCCAGACGUUCUUAUCGUCGAUCUUGACGAGUAUUGGAGGAGUUUUUGGUCAUAAUCACGAAGAAAUGGCGUCCAAUGAAACUGUUCUUCCGAUUCAACAGGCAAACAGAGUAGCAGAUGUUAACCAGAAGAACCCAGGGCAAGGAGAAAGAAGGAACAGGCGAGCCCUUGGUGACAUUGGAAAUCUUGUUCCUGCUUCAACCCUUAAUGAAAUAGGAAAGCCCCAACUUCAGAUCACUCGUCCCAUUACACGAACUUUUAGAGCCCAAUUGGUUGCAAAUGCUCAAGCUGUAGAUAAGAAUGCCAAGAAACCACAAGAAGAAGCCAGCCAUGCUGAUGUAGCCCAGAAAAAACAUGAAGAAACUCCAAGAAGAAAACUCAAAAAGCCCACCAAGUCACUCACCUCUGUCCUCACUGCUCGUAGCAAGGUUGCAUGUGGGAUCACAACAAGACCAAAAGAUCCAAUCAUCAACAUAGAUCAAUCCGACAUCAACAAUGAACUAGCAGAAGUGGAAUACGUAGAAGACAUCUACAAAUUCUACAAACUCACAGAAACAGAAGGUGGCUUAAGGGACUACAUGAACUCACAACCCGAUCUCAACGCCAAAAUGAGGGCUAUUUUAGUCGACUGGUUAAUUGAAGUUCACAGGAAAUUCGAACUCAUGCCAGAAAGUCUUUACCUCACAGUCAACAUAGUUGACCGAUACCUCUCAAUGAGGACAGUUCCCAGAAAAGAACUUCAGUUGGUUGGAAUCAGUGCAAUGUUAAUUGCGUGUAAGUAUGAAGAGAUUUGGCCUCCUGAAGUGAAUGAUUUGAUUGCAAUUUCGGAUAAUGCGUAUACAAGGGAGCAGAUUUUGGGAAUGGAGAAAGCUGUUCUUGGAGUUUUAGGGUGGUAUUUGACCGUUCCUACACCUUAUGUGUUUCUUGUUAGGUAUACAAAAGCUUCUGUUCCAACUGAUAUCGAGAUGGAGAAUAUGGUGUUUUUCUUGACUGAGUUGGGUUUGGUUCACUACUCGAUUGUUAUGGGGAAUAGUCAUUCGAAACUUGCUGCUUCAGCUGUUUAUGCUGCCAGGUGUACACUGAAUAAGACUCCUGCAUGGACUGGGACACUCAAGUAUCAUACUGGGUACUCUGAAGAUGAACUAAGGGAUUGUGCAAAGAGUUUGGUGAAUUUCCAUGCGUGUGCUAGUGAGACAAAGCUGAAGGCGGUGUACAGGAAGUAUGUGAAUCCAGAAAAAGGUGCGGUGGCUCUUUUUCCUCCGGCGAGAAGUCUUAUGGUGGAGGUGGGUGGUGGAGAAUCUUCAUAAAAAAGAUGUUGUGGUGGUUAUUUUGAUUUUGAGAUCAUUUUACUUGUAUGAUCUUCUUGGUUUUUGGUGAAGAUUAUGUUGGUCUUGUUUAGGAUGCUGGUUAUGCUUACUGAUUGAUUAUUAACUUUUUAGGUAAAGUGUGCUUAAUUAUUAUAUGAUUGUCAAUAUGAUGUGU